UCAAAAAUCCACAUUUGAAUUAAUUCCCUUUCAUUUAUCUUUAGCAGUGCCAGCUAUAAAUUAUUUCUUAUCAAUUCUGUUGAGGUACACCAAUAGAUUAUGGAAGGUGUUGAUUAUUCCUGUGGUUUCUGCAGGUCCCAAAGGAGUGAUCCACGACUGGAGGAAAUUUAAGCUAGAAAGUGAGGACCAUGAGAGCAUGCCACAGAAGCGGAGAGAGCUCCUCAGACAGAUGUCCAAUCCCAAGGCUAAUACUGAUGAUAACAAUGAAAAAAUUAACCGCAAGAUGAGUGUUCAGGAGUAUGAGAUGAUCCAGGAGGAGGAUGAGCGAUGUCUGAGGAAAUACCGCAGGCAGUGCAUGCAGGAAAUGCAUGAGCGCUUGAGCUUCGGGCCCAAAUUCGACAGCGUCUUUGAGCUGGAAAGCAGUGAAGCCUUCCUCAAGACCAUCGAGAAUGAGCACCAACUCACGCUAAUCAUCGUGCAUAUCUAUGAUGAUGCUAUCAAAGGCUGUGAAGCUCUGAACAACUGCCUGAGCAGCUUGGCGGUCGAGUACUCCAGCGUGAAGUUUUGUCGAAUCCGGGCAUCUGCCACAGGUGCAGGAGAAAGAUUCACCGAUGAUGUCCUGCCCACUGUGCUGGUGUAUAAGGCUGGAGAAAUGCUGGGAAACUUCAUUUGUGUUACCAAGCAUCUCAGUGAGGAGUUCUUCACUACUGAUGUGGAGAACUUCCUCAAUGAGUAUGGCUUGUUGCCAGAGAAAGAAUUCGCUGCCUGCCCUGAUGAUGAUGAAGAGCUAGGGGUGGAAUAGUCUAGAAAGAUCAUACUAGCGGAGAAGAGACAUAGUAGAAGAUCCAUGGCAAAUGUUUGGGACUAAGAAUACAAAUUGGCAAUCAUUUUGUCAUGUAUAGAAGCUCAUUAUCUCACAUGCUCUAAUCAGAUAUACAUAUCCCAUUGCAGUUACUAUACAUUAUUAAGAACUUGCAUGUGGAUUAAGGUGAUGUUAAAACACACUUAUAUUAACCAAAGCAAGAUGUUUCUUAUCAGUAACUGAACAAAGACACCAAGACUCUCCUAGCAUAUUUCCACAGAGUAAAUAUAUAAAACUGAGUGAAACUAAAAAUUGUAUC